UCACGAAAAGAACCCCUUAAUGAAGAUUCCAAGCUUCAAGACGACGAGGAACAUCGUACAAAAUUACAAAAUGGCUGCUGAUCAGAAGAUGGAUGUGGAUGACAAGUCUGUCAACCACGAAGGAAUAAAACAGUAUUACAUCAGCAAAAAUGAGGAGCUGGAGCUUGUGGUGACAGAAAAAACACAAAAUUUAAGACGUCUAGCAGCUCAAAGAAAUGAACUCAAUGCAAAAGUGCGGAUGUUACGAGAGGAACUGCAGUUGCUACAGGAGCAGGGAUCUUAUGUGGGAGAGGUCGUCAAGGCUAUGGACAAGAAAAAGGUUCUGGUCAAGGUACAUCCAGAAGGGAAAUUUGUUGUGGAUUUGGACAAAAACAUAGAUAUUAAUGACAUCACGCCGAACUGCCGUGUAGCCCUGAGAAAUGACAGUUAUACACUCCACAAAAUCCUCCCUAACAAGGUUGAUCCUCUGGUGAGUCUUAUGAUGGUGGAGAAGGUACCAGACUCCACAUACGAGAUGGUGGGAGGUCUGGAUAAGCAGAUCAAGGAAAUCAAAGAAGUCAUUGAACUGCCAGUUAAACAUCCAGAGCUGUUCGAGGCCCUGGGUAUCGCUCAGCCCAAGGGUGUGCUUCUGUAUGGUCCUCCGGGAACAGGGAAGACGCUGUUAGCCCGUGCCGUGGCCCACCACACUGAGUGUACAUUCAUCCGAGUGUCUGGUUCAGAGCUUGUACAGAAGUUUAUUGGCGAGGGUUCCAGAAUGGUCCGAGAAUUGUUUGUGAUGGCCAGGGAACAUGCGCCAUCAAUUAUUUUUAUGGAUGAAAUUGAUUCCAUCGGUUCCUCGCGACUCGAGGGAGGCUCUGGAGGUGACAGUGAGGUACAGAGGACAAUGUUGGAGUUACUGAACCAGUUGGACGGAUUUGAACCCAAACAGAAUAUUAAGGUUAUCAUGGCCACCAACAGAAUAGACAUUUUAGAUUCUGCUUUAUUACGACCAGGAAGAAUAGACCGAAAAAUUGAAUUCCCUCCACCAAACGAAGAAGCAAGACUUGACAUCCUCAAAAUCCACUCUAGAAAGAUGAACUUAACCCGAGGUAUCAAUUUGAGGAAAAUAGCCGAGAUGAUGCCAGGUGCUUCUGGAGCAGAAGUGAAGGGUGUUUGUACGGAGGCAGGAAUGUACGCUCUAAGGGAGAGAAGGGUUCAUGUUACACAAGAAGACUUUGAACUUGCUGUUGCAAAGGUAAUGCAGAAGGAUUCGGAGAAGAACAUGUCCAUCAAAAAGCAAUGGAAGUGAGCCAAUAGGAUAGACUUAUUUUUUGACAUGUGGUGGUUCAAUGGUUGCAGAAAAGACGUGACUGAAUAUGUGCUCUGUGAAAGGAUUCCAUAAUCUCAUGGACUUCAUCAAUCUCAGGAUCAGUAAAUCAUCUGAAAGGGGGGCCACUUUCUGCAGGAGCAGACAAAUUGUUGGGUUGCGAGAAUCUGCACACAGAUAUUUAAAAUACGGCAGUAAGAAAAUAUGUUCUCUUCUGUAGAUCUUGGGCCAUAAAUUAUUGACAAGCCAGAAUGCUUGGUAUGACUUGGUUAAUACAUGUGAAAUUACAUUCAAGCAUAUCUGGUAAACUUCAAAAGAAUUCUCAAUAAACUAUUCCCACUUCAUUAAAGAAGGAUGCAUUUGCUUUUGAGAAGUUGGGUAAGAGGUAAAUUUUUGAAUGUGAAUACAACGAAUGUUGUGAGAUUUAUUAUGAACUUAAGUAAAAGAACAAUAUUUCUUUCUUAAAUUAUAUGAACAACUUAAAAGAGCAGAACCAGUGAAAGAGAUGUUGAGGAAACAGAAUGUGUGUGUAUAGGGUGUGAGAUGUGUGUUUAAGUGAUGUAGAUGGUGUGAAACAGAGCAAACUAUUCAAGUCUCUUCUAGUAAGUAGUACAAUUAAUUAAAACUAUGCUGGAGAUCACAACGGCUUCAUAUAAACUGAAGCAUAAAGAUAAAACUUGAGGUCUUAGCACUGAACCUGUCCUUAAUGCAGAUAUAGAUCUCAAAAGUAAUAUUUAUAUUGCAUUUCAUCGUAGGGAAAAUGAGUGGAACCUGUAUAAUAGUGCUAUCGAGUUUGAAUGCAGAAUUUGGUACAGACACUACAUCAGUUUCAUGUCCUGUACCGUCACUGUAAGUUCUGUUGUCAUGUAUAGGUGUACAGAGAGGAAUUAAUAAAUUACACAAUCUGUUUUGUAAUUGAU